AUGGAACAUCAAAACGCCAUCUACGUACCUCAUGAGGGACUUGUGGAGGACAAGGAAAAGUUGAACGGUUCUAAAGCACUGAUGGUCUUGCCGGCUGGAAGAAAUGAGGGAGAAAGUGGACGGGGCCCGCCUGGGUCGGGAGCCGCAACAGCAGCAGCAACAGCAGCUGAAGGAGAAGGAGUAGAAAAAUUAAGCGGAGAAGGUGGGGCUGCUGCUGGCGCUGCGGGCCUCAUGGGUAACAGGAACCAAGACGACCAUGGCGCCACUGGCUGUGACCAGGACAAAGAGAAGCAGCCAGAGAAGCCAGUUCUCGAGGACGUGGUGGGCACUGAAGAUGUACAGCCCAUUCCAGUGCUGGUAUCUGGUGCACAGCCUGUUCCAGUGCUGGUAUCUGGUGCACAGCCUGUUCCAGUGCUGAUAUCUGGUGUACGGCCUGUGUCCGUGCUGGUACGCCAGCGUAGUGUACACUACAAGUUCAACCAGUGGCAACUGAAGGAGCUAGAGCGAAUUUUCCAGCAGAAUCACUUCAUCAGUGCAGAAGAAAGAAAACGUCUGGCAAGAUCAAUAGGUGUGAGUGAAGCCAGAGUUCAGAAUUGGUUUAAAGGAAGACGAGAACAAUAUAGGAGACAGCAGAAGCUCUAA